AUUCCCAAAAAAAUUAGAUUAAGCCAAUUGAUUGGGCGAUCGAACCUUCUUGGUCUUGAUAGAGGAUUGACUGGGCAUCCGGCCUCGCGACUCUGAGGGGGGCCGCGUCCUCUUGGUCGCCGUUUACAAGUUCCAGCCGCCACUCAGCCACGCGUUUUUCUCUCUUUUUUCUUUGUUGGGUUCUAUUUCUUCGUACACUAAUCCAUUUGUUCAUUCGAUUUUCGCCAGAUCUGAUCUUUGUUCUGAAUCAAAUCCCCGGAAAACAAUGAAUGACCUUCUCUCGAGAUCCUUCUCUGCGCCCAGAGGAUUUCCGCCGCCGCCGGGCUCCCACGCCGUCGAGAUGACCGGCGGCGACGCCAACCUCCCCAAGUUCUUCGAGGACGUCGACGCAAUCAAGGCCGACCUUAAAAACGUUGAGGAAAUCCACGCCAGACUCCGAACCGCCCACGAGAAGAGCAAAACCCUACACGACCCGAAACAGGUCCGAUCGCUCCGGUCCGAGAUGGACCGGGACGCCUCCCUCGCACUCAAGCAGGCGAAACUCAUCAAGCACCGGCUCGAGGAGUUAGACCGGUCCAACGCGGCGAACCGCCAGAUCCACGGGUUCGGGCCGGGAAGCUCCGCCGACCGGACGAGGACCUCCGUGGUCAACGGGCUCAGGGUUAAGCUGAAGGAGUUCGUGAACCAGUUCCGCGACCUCCGGGAGAAGAUCGACGCCGAGUACCGGGACACCGUACACCGGAGAUACUUCACCGUCACCGGAGAAAACCCCGACGAGAAGGUGCUCGACACCCUGAUCUCCACCGGCCAGAGCGAGACGUUUAUGCAGAAAGCAAUUCAAGAACAGGGGAGAGGGGAGGUGAUGAACACAGUCAUGGAGAUUCAGGAGCGGCACGGGGCGGUGAAGGAGGUGGAGGGGAGCCUGAGGGAGCUGCAGCAGGUGUUCAUGGACAUGGCGGUGCUGGUGGAGGCGCAGGGGGAGCAGCUGGAGGACAUCGAGAGCCAGGUGAACCGGGCGAACAGCGUGGUCCGACAGGGAGCCCAACACCUCCAAGAAGCCAGGAAGAAACAGAGGAACACCAGGAAGUGGACCUGCUAUGCCAUCAUUCUCCUCCUCAUCAUCAUCUUGAUCAUCGUUCUCUCCAUUCGCCCCUGGAAAUGAUUACAAUCCACUCUUUUUCUUGUAAAUGAAAUAAUACAAUAAUACAGUAUGAGGUUUGCUCUUUUGAUUCUUAUAAUUGCAGUAUAUAUGCAAAUGAUUUUUGAUUCGUCCCUGAGUGUUUGUCCACUUUUGACUUUUGGAACUGUUCAUCUAAGCACUAAGACUUAUCAAAUUCUCUCAAUGUAUAAGCCUAAAAAUAGUCAUGCGUGAUCUUGUUUGAUUCGUCUUAACAUAUAGAUUAUUAAUAUAUAAUUUUUAUAAUUUUUUAAUAUACAAAUUAUAAGAUAAAAUGGAUUAAAGAAAUGCAUUGGAUGGUG